UCACAGUGCGUUUUUUUUUUUCGAAAAACUAGAAAAUUUCAAUUUUCUCAAAUCAUGGUCAUUUUAAGCCUUGCUCAAAUUUCUUCUAUUUUCGAAGGAAAUUUGGAAAAGGCACAUGUGCUAGAUAUUAAGGAUAGAAAUUUAGAUUCAGUCGAAUCUCUUGGAUGCAUGAAAAAUCUUAAGAGAAUUGUCUUGGAUAAAAACAGACUUAAAAGUCUUGAAUUUUUAGAAUCCAAUUAUAGUCUUUCAUGGAUAUCCGCACAGUAUAAUAUUUUAGGACCUGUUCUAUCAAAAAGUUAUUUUUAUAAUUUAACAAACCUCUCUGUUUUAAAUUUAGCAUCAAACAAUAUAUCUAAUGUGGAAGGAAUUAUAGAAUCGUUACCUCAAUUAAAAGUUUUAAUUCUUAGUAAUAAUCUUUUAACUUCUAUAAAAGGACUUGGUCGUUUACAACAAUUAGAAACCUUAGUUCUAUCCAACAAUAAGCUUGAGAACUUCACGUCUCCUCAAAAACCCUUAAUCUAUUUGAAGAAACUUUCCUUAUCAAAUAAUAAACUUAAGCACCUAUGUUUAAAUGAAAAUGUGUAUAAUUUGCGGGAACUUCGACUUAAUGAAAAUAGUCUACUACAGAUGCCAGAAAACCUGUAUUACUGUGGUCGCCUGACUAUUUUAGAUUUAGGAAAAAAUAAGUUUAACCUUAAUCCCAAAGAAUGUAUUCAACAACUACGACGAUGUCAGAAACUAAGCAAUGUAAAUUUAUUAGGAAAUACUUCUAUAGCCCAAACAGAUAAAGAGUGGGAUUCUUUUAAAGACGAACUUUCUAAACACCUACCUAUGCUAAAAAUUUUUAAUUCUCGAAAUUUGGUUAAAUUAUGUAACGCGGUGAGAAGAAAAAAAAAUUUAGUGAUAAAUGAAAAAGACAAAAGUUUAAAAAAAAAAAUAAAGCAAGACCCUGCAGCAAGCUUGAUAAUGGAACCUUGUAACAAAACAAAAAAAACAUCAGGUGAUCAAAAAAGUAGUGAAGGGAAGAAAGAAAGAAAAGAUAAAAAUGCAAUUGAAGCCAUGAUUACUAAUAUACAGUGCUGCAAAGACACGCCAAAAGUUGACAGUGUGUUUUUUUCAAAAAAUAAUCUUAUUUAUGAUUAUUUAAACAAUAAAAGUGCAGUCCAUAGUUGGAAUGAAUAAAUUGUUUAUUUCUAACAUAACAUAAAUAAAGGCGCAUGUUUCUGAUGCGACCCAAAAAGAAGAUCGCGACUUUU